CGCCACGUCACAAAAAGGUCAAGCCUCCGCUCGCGCUGGAAGGUUUGGAGAGCAAACUGUUCAAACCCGGCGCGCGCCCGCGGUUUGGUUAACGCAUUGUCCGCGAGCCUGGGUGAGGGGAGGGGGUGUGUGUGACGGUGCUGCUGUGUCCGCGAGCCUCGGUGGAGGUGGGGUCACAGCGUUUGUGACCGCGAUCCCGGAAAGCGGCUGCGCCGCCGUAAACUGACAACAUGGAGGGCCAGUACAACCUGAGGAAUCCGGCUGUUAAACGUUUAAUGAAAGAAGCACAAGAGCUCAAAGACCCAACAGAACAAUACCAUGCACAGCCUUUGGAGGAUAAUCUCUUUGAGUGGCAUUUUACCGUCCGGGGUCCUCCAGACUCUGACUUUGAUGGUGGGGUUUACCAUGGCCGAAUUGUGCUUCCUCCAGAAUACCCCAUGAAACCACCCAGCAUUAUUCUGUUGACACCUAAUGGAAGGUUCGAAGUAGGAAAGAAGAUAUGUUUGAGCAUCUCAGGACAUCAUCCUGAAACUUGGCAGCCAUCCUGGAGCAUUCGGACGGCAUUGUUGGCCAUUAUUGGGUUCAUGCCAACGAAGGGUGAAGGAGCUAUUGGGUCUCUGGAUUACACUCCUGAUGAAAGAAAAGCGCUAGCCAAAAAGUCACAAGAUUAUAACUGUGAAAAUUGCGGUUCCCACAUGAGGACAGCUCUCCUUCCAAGCACCAAAAGUAGCAUUCCAAGUAUGGCUGAUGUGGAGGCAAAAGAAUUAGCAAAACAAAUCAGUUUUAAGGCAGAGACUGGUUCUGCUGCCAGCACAACUGCUGAACCUUCUCCAGCACCAACACCUAUAAAAAUUGCAAAGCAAGAAGCUCCUGUUUCUGAUGAUGUUACAAUCACUGAAAAUAAUCCAGAAAUUGAAGCUAUGAGAGAAACUGACGCAGAUGACAUUUCUGCUGGGACUCAGGAACCACCACAAAGCAGACCAAAUACUACAAGCUUAAGUCCUCGGCAGCGACGUACCCAACAGCAGCGACGUGCUCAGCAGCAGCAAGCGAGGCGUCCAGUUUCACCAUCGUAUACUCAAGUCCGUCAACCAGCAAAUGCCAAUCAAAUUGGAUCCACAGUCCUAAUUGUCAUCCUUACGUUGGCACUGGCUGCACUAAUCUUCCGAAGGAUUUACAUGUCAAAUGAAUACAGAUUUGACUAUGAAUUGUAAUGAUCAUUACUUUGCAUAGCCAUAAACUGAAUUUAUUAUAUGUCAUAUCAUGUACUUUUACAUCAAUCCCCAUUUUACUGGCCAAGAUUUGCUGAGGCUUUGAAUGACCCACACGCAAGGGGGACUUUAAAGUAAUACAAGAUGCAAAACGUGUGCAUGUUUAUUAUCCUUGGGGUAAUAAUUAGUGGUAUUUUACAAACUUUGACUCUGCAGGGAACCCAUUCAGGAAUAUUUUUGAUCAAACUCUUGUUAAAUUGAAUUUAUCUUCAGUAGAGGUUAGUUGUUUUUGUUGAGGCCAUGCUGUUCAACAAUAUCAAUAAUUGAGGUUGCUAAUCUGUUUACUGGGAAGUUUCUGUGGACCACUGCUGUUCAUUUGGCUCAUAACUUGAGUGCUAGUGGAGUUGUAUGCAAUGUUAACUUUUAAAUUGAGUCCCGUUUUUGCACAUUAACAAUUGCCUUAACCCUGUCAAAAAUCCAGAUAUUUCAUCAGAAUUUGAUUAUGUAGUCAGGAUUUUCAGAAUUGUCUGCAACAAAUCUAAAAUCCAAGAUGAAUUUUCAAUGUUAUGUGGUGAUGUUGUAGGCUGAGAUAUACUAGUUUUAUGUUACAAGAUUCACUGUUAUUGAACAGGCACCCAAAAUUAAAUUUUAAAUGUGCGAAUCUUCUCCUAUGAAGAUCCAAGAGAGUUGAUAAAAAUCCACAAUCAGUAAAUGUUACUUGUAAUUUCUGCAUGAAGUCAAAGGAACCCUAUUUGUAACAAUCAAAAGAUGGUGGGUGUUGGUUUUGGAUGAAGUAAUUAAAGUUCCUUUAUAGGACUUUUCUUCCCAGUUGGACAAAGUAAUUAAAUAUGCGAUCUUCCAGCAAGUAAUAGAAAGGCAUCGCUUCUCCAAUACUCCUGCUUGUUGAUUUUCCUUUACUCAGCUGUGAAUGCUGUAGCAUAAGAGUUGAUGGUAAUGAGUAUGUAUAAAACCUAUUAUAAAAUUGAAUUUUCCAUUGGCAUUUGUACAAUGAUGUUUUUAAUUUUCAUAUGCAGGAUAUUACUUUUUUUAUUUUAAACAAUCUGAUCUCAAGAAUGUAUGAGUAAAUAUUGUCUGUUUAACUAAGCAGACAGGAAUCUAUUUGCCCAAUGAACAAUGAUUUUUCAGUGUAAAAUUCAGUCUCAAAUAUAAACCAUGAGAACAAAUUCUCAUACAUGAAUAUUUAAUAUUCUAUCUUUUCCUGCUCUAGAAUUGAUUUUUGUGGACCCAGAGUACUUGGCACAAAUAGUGCCACUGCACUUUACAUUUAAGGGAACAAUGCAAUCAUUCUUGCAGUUACUCUCAGAACUUUCUCAUGCAUCAUUGUUAUUGAGUUGCUCAAGAUGAAUAUUUGAUGAAAAGCCCAUUAUUUUUGUUUUGUGAAAUGCCUUGCUUUUGGCUUCUAAAGAAAAGUUGCCGCACUUUGAAUGUGGGCCAUGCAUAUUGCUGAAGAAUGCAGUAUAUUUGUUCAGAAGUUCCUUUAGCAUGGUGUUAGAAACCCGUUGCUGCAGCACAACAAUGGAAAAUCUCUAAAAUAGAGUACUUCCUUAAUACUACACAUAUUAAAAGAAAACUCAUUAAUCUAUGCCCAUAAAAUAAAUUUGCUGUUGAAUAAAUAUAAAUCCAAUUUGUCUUAAACUUGCUUACCUUCAGUUUUCUGUUGUGCAAAAAAAAACCUGCAUUUUUUUCAUUGUGUGUUACUAGUAAUGGUCCAGGCAAAUGCAGUUUCAAGUAGUAACUUGAAAUAGUUACCAAACAUUUCAUCUCACAGGUUUAAAAUGGAAAAGAGCUACACAAUAGACUUGAAUGUUAUAAAAUAUUCUUGUUUGUAAUGAAUAUUUUUAAUGAACAUUUCUUAAAAAAAAUUAUUGCAGGGCAAUAGGAAAAGAGCAGGUGUGUAGGAUAAAUUAUUUUUCAAAGGGUAACCACAGAAGGCAGAAUGACCAAAUUCUAUGGUUUGUGGUCUUAUGUACAAUAGUUCAUGAUUAACACGUUUUUUUCACAUAAAGCCUUCCGUUUACUUCUGUUUUAGAAAUCUGUUCCAUUUACACAACCAAAAGAUAAAAUGUCAAAUAUAUGCUGCAGGUGAAGUUAGAACAAUAAAAUUAGCAUGUUCUUUUCCAUUAAAAUUGUUAACUAUUUAUCAAUACUGAUAUUCAUCAAUAUAUAUCCAGCAUUUACAUGUUCUUGUAUUAACA